UUGGUAGAACUGAUAGUAUAACAGCAGCAGAUUAUUGCUCAGGCUUAGGCUGUCACUGCAGUGCGUGGGCAAAUUUGUUCAUAUUUGUUUUUGCCCCAAUUUCGAUAGAAACACAACAGAAUGAGCAUGACCGAAGUAGAGGAAACCUCAGUCCACUCCCUGGGCACUGUGGAGCCCCAACGCGUUUAUGGGGGCUGCGAGGGCCCAGAUGCCAUGUACGUCAAGCUGAUUUCCUCCGAUGGCCACGAAUUUAUAGUCAAACGCGAACACGCUCUGACUUCUGGAACAAUUAAAGCCAUGCUCAGUGGACCUGGUCAAUUUGCUGAAAAUGAAGCCAACGAGGUGAACUUCAGGGAAAUUCCGUCACACGUGCUACAAAAGGUCUGCAUGUACUUCACAUACAAGGUUCGCUACACCAACAGUUCCACAGAGAUUCCAGAAUUUCCGAUUGCCCCAGAGAUUGCACUUGAAUUGUUGAUGGCUGCUAACUUUUUAGAUUGCUAACUUUGUUUUGUUGUUGUUUUUUAAGAUGAAAGACAAAGUCAUGAAAAUUGGUUCGAAGAGAGAGAGAAAAAAAAAGGAGGAUUAAACAAGGAUAUAUAUAAGCUCGUACAUGGUUAUAGAAUUUAUUUUUUUUUGUGUGAUACUGAAACUAAAAUAUAAACAUGGACUACAGCUAAUUUUUUUUCUAUUUAUUUAAUUUUUUUGUAAAUCAAAGUAACUUUUUUUUUAUUAUAAUUUUAUUGUGUUACUGUAUUAUUAUUAUUGUAAAGAAAUAAACAAGAAAAUCACAU